CUUUAUCAGAAGUUAGCAGAAUCAGACUGGUUGAACAAAAUUUGUUCUCCGUGGGAUAAUCGGUAAUACCAAAACUGGUUAUUUCCAAAACACAAAGAUAAGCAAAGAUGAUGAUGUCAAUUUGAAAAAGAUUUGACGUGUUGGUUGUGGAAAUGCUGAGCAAAUUCUAAGCAUACCCCAAGAAUUGACAAGUUGAAAAUAUUUGAUACAAAAGGGAUUCAGACAAAGAUAUUAGGAAUGAAUCUUGCAUCUGUUUGCAUUUUCUGCAUUUGCUAUUGCGUAGGAGUAGUGUAUUCGGCAAUCACCAACAACACACAAGAUUUUCAGGAACAGAACUGCUUGGAAAAUCCUAAUGGCCUUCUUACAGAGCUUUGUGGCCAGCAAAGCACUCAAGAUGAACAAGGAAUAGAAUCUAGCCAGUUAGAGGAUGGUUUUAUCUUAUCAAAAACCCAAAAAGACUUUCUCUAUGGAAGACAGAAUGACGACGAAAAUGAAGCAGGACAAGAGAGGGUCGUGAUCAAUAACAAAUACUCUGAUGUGUUCGAGCUUUGGCCUACAGGAGAAAAGAUCCCGUAUGAAAUAGAUGCCAGCAUAGAUGAUAAAAAGAAAAAGGCUAUAUCAGAAGCAAUAGCAGAAAUUGAAAAAUUCACGUGUGUUCGAUUUCGGAUGCGGGAAAAGAAGAAAGACGAUUAUUUUCUGAAAUUCUUCAAAGGAAACGGAUGCUGGUCUUUCAUUGGAUUACGAAAAGACAAAGAGAAAGUUGGUCAGAAAGUCUCGAUUGGUGACGGCUGUGAGAAGAAAGGGGAAGUGAUUCACCAAAUAAUGCAUGCAUUUGGAUUUCUAAACGAGCAUACCCGAGAAGACAGAGAUAUUUAUGUGGAGAUCAACUGGGAAAAUAUCCUUCCUGACAAAAAGAAGUACUUUCGCAUCAGCAAAGAAUUUGUUCAGAAUUUUCUUGGCAGUGACUAUGACUACAACAGUAUAAUGCACUACAGUCGAAACAAAUACAGCAAAAAUGGCAAAGAUACCAUGUCGAUAUUUGGGUGCUCCAUUAAAGCAAAGAACAUACUGAAAAUUAUUGGACAAAGAGAUGGGCUGAGCGCUGGAGAUCGUUUUCAAAUAAAUAAACUGUUUAAAUGUUCAGUUAGUACUAAAAGGCAGUCUAUUGUUAACGAUACGUUAGAAGAAGCAAGCAAAGAUUCCGGCGAAACAAUAUACACAUGCAACUAGAAGUCUUUUCAACCGGCAAUAUUCAAUUAGCUUCAUUCGUAUGUUGCCUUUAGUCCUUACAAAUAAAGCUAAUGAACACAAAGAAAACAUUAAAAUGGAAGGAAUGAUCUAAAACCACGCAAAUAUACCGUAAAGAACUUCAACUAGUAAAGUAGUAGAUUUAUAUAUGUAAUAAAAAUUCCUGGCUACCUAAUCAAGUAUCAUUGUAAAAUAUAGUCAUUGGUAUUUAAUUAGAAAAAGCUUUUGAUUGCAAAGUUGCACAACGUAGUAUUAUUUGUAAAAAUUUCAGUAGAAAACUAACCUGUCCCUUUUUUGUAAUAUUCUGAUUUACUGGUAACCUAAUUUUUAUUACUGAAAUGAGUUGACUGUUGAAAUUCUAUGUAUUUAACAAAUUCUGACGAAAUAUAGUUAGAAAUUUCAUUGAUUUAGUACUCUCCUGAUUUCUCUGGAUAUUUCAUAUUUUGAAAUGUA